AUGGUCGAUAGUAAAGUCCCGCAGCCAGGACCGGCCAAAUUAAAGCGCAAUGCCGGCCCCGACGAAUGGUUAGAGGCUGCAAAAGAUUGCAAGUAUCUUUCAGAGCAACAUAUGAAACAACUAUGUGAGAUUGUGAAGGAGUACAUGAUGGAAGAAUCGAACGUACAACCGGUCUCGACGCCUGUCACAGUCUGCGGAGAUAUCCAUGGCCAAUUCUACGAUCUACUGGAGCUGUUCCGCGUGUCGGGCGGCAUGCCAGACGAGUCUAUGGUCGAACCCCCGAAAACAUCAUCGUCUGUGAUCACUUCAGCUGAUAUCGAGCCUCCCUCGGAAAUCACGGACCCCAAACUGCGGAAAAGGUUGAGAAACUCGGGAUCACAUUCGGAAGGUGGCGACGAGACGAGCUCACAAAGAGAGCGCUCUUCAAGCGCCGGGUCGAACGAGGUGACGCUGAAUCGGAAUUUCGUCUUUUUGGGUGAUUAUGUCGACCGAGGAUACUUUAGUCUGGAGACCUUGACAUUAUUACUAUGCUUGAAGGCCAAGUAUCCGGACCGAGUAACGCUGGUGCGCGGGAAUCACGAGUCCCGGCAGAUCACGCAAGUCUACGGCUUCUACGAGGAGUGUUUCCAGAAGUACGGCAAUGCAUCGGUCUGGAAGGCCUGUUGUCAGGUCUUUGACUUCAUGACACUUGGGGCUAUCAUUGAUGGCAGGGUGCUCUGUGUACAUGGUGGCCUAAGCCCGGAGAUCAGGACCUUGGACCAAGUUCGUGUAGUGGCAAGGGCCCAAGAAAUUCCGCAUGAGGGUGCUUUCUGCGACCUGGUCUGGUCUGACCCUGAUGAUGUAGAGACAUGGGCAGUCAGCCCAAGAGGCGCUGGCUGGCUCUUUGGAGAUAAGGUGGCAGAUGAGUUCUGUCACGUCAAUGAUCUGACACUAAUUGCCCGUGCGCACCAACUGGUGAACGAGGGAUACAAAUACCACUUUGCGAACCAAAACGUGGUGACGGUGUGGAGUGCACCUAACUACUGCUACCGAUGUGGCAACCUGGCAUCGGUUUGCGAGAUCGGUGAGGAUCUCAAACCGACAUUUAAGCUCUUUAGUGCUGUCAGCGAUGACCAACGGCAUGUACCCACAUCGCGGCCGGGCCGUAGCGAAUACUUCCUGUAA